AUGCCUUUGAUAGCUGCUGUAGAUCCGCUGCGUGCGCUCGGCGGCAUCACACACCGCAGGCGCUGCGGCGCAGUGCGUACGCCAUGCCAACAGUCGCAGUCGCGCGACGCCCACCUGGCAGUCCAGUGCCAUUUCAGGGCUGUGCGCGUCUCCGCGGUGCACUCCGCCGCUCCUGUGGGCUUCAACGGCAGCACCGGCAGCACCGGCAGCAGCAUCGCGCAGGCGUACGCGGCGACGGCCACGCUGCCGCCUGUUGUGGCAGCUGCAGCCCAGCCGCCAGCCAUCUCCACGCCCGAGCCCAUCCCUGGAAUCCACCCUCCCAAGAAAGCCUAUGAGAUCAUUGUGGCGCUGGGCGCCGCCAAGGCGGUGAUGGCGCCUCUGAAAGUCCUCUUCAUGGGCGUCAUGGCAGGUGUGUACAUCGGGCUGGGCGGGCUGCUCGCACUGACGGUCGGAGCCAACUGCCCGGGCUUGGCGGCAACCAACCCUGGCCUGCACAAGAUGGUGUGCGGCUCCUUCGGCCUGCCGGUCGGCCUGGUGCUGGUGCUCACCUGCGGCGCGGAGCUGUUCACAGGCAACGUGGCGAUGCUAGCGGCCGCCGUGGUGGAGGGCAAGGCCACGCUGCGGCAAUGGAUGAAGAGCUGCUGCCUGUCGUUUGUGGGCAAUGUCAUUGGCACCCUUGGGCUGGUGGGACUCGUGUGCGCGACGGGCGUCAUGGCCACCUCCUCUGCGCCUGCGGCCGCGGCUGUGGCAAAGACGUCCCUGACAUUCAGCCAGGCGUUCAGCAGGGGCAUCCUUUGCAACCUGUGCGUCUGCCUGGCUGUCUGGAUGGCGUCUGCCUCGACCUCGUUCCCCGGCAAGAUGCUGGCCGCGUGGCUGGCGGUGAGCACCUUCACAGCCAUUGGCUUUGAGCACAGCAUUGCAAACGGCUUCAUAAUUCCGAUGGGCAUUGCCGUGGGCGCGCCUGUGUCAUUCCUGAAGUUCACAACCGCCAACCUGCUGCCUGUCACUCUGGGGAACAUCGUGGGCGGCCUGGCGCUGGCGCUGGCGUACGGCUACGCCUACGGCGCACUGGGCAAGGACGGGGCGGGCGCAGCGGCGACCAGCAAGUGA